AUAUAAAUAAAGUUAUCAAAAUAUCACAAGUUUAUUUUUAUUUUGAGAAAUUCAUAUAAUAUAAAAUAUUAUAAUAUAAAAAUUUUUUUGAUUUUCAUAUUUCCUUUGUGAAUAUUUGUUAUACUUACAUACGACAUUAAGUGGCAAACAGAAGGAUCGAAACUGUUGGUGGAAGCAGAAACAGGUCAUGCGAAUGACCAGGAUAUUGAAAUGACUCUCAAAAGUUGUAUUUACGAUUAAAUAAAGAAAAUGAUAUCGAGAUUACCUCAUGGUCUCAAAUGAAUCCUGGUCUCGAAUCAUGUGGCGCAGCAAUACUGAACGGUGGUCCGGAACGAUUCCAAGGAACAAGUAUGCAGGUGUUUACAUGCGCAUGUAUUGUACGCAUAUCUAUAUACACAAAAUCUUUUAAGCGUUUGUAAUUGAAAAACUGAAAUGUAAUUUUAUAAUCUUCAAUUUUUAUUUUAUAAUAUCCCAGAUCGCAGUAAAAUUGCUUAACCGUUGAAUUAUUUUUUUCUCACGUCCUUUAAGAUAAGACAACGCACAGUUUAGGAAUUUCGAAUGGUAACAAAAGUGUGACCUCACACCGCAUGAAAUCUAUAUACUUUUGUUUAUAUUUCAUUGCAGAGUCGCUUUGUGAGACUCGAAAGACAAAUUAUUUUUCCAUUGUUUAUAAAUUUAUGAAACAAGAUUUAAAAGAUUUUGACGAUAAAUAAAUUAAAAAUAUAUAAAAUGAGUGAAAAACGAGGCACAAAAGCAUUAGAAUUGUGGUGCCGUCGAAUAACCGAAGGUUAUCCUGAUGUAAAUGUACAAAAUAUGACAACUUCUUGGAAGGAUGGCCUCGCAUUUUGUGCGAUGAUUCACCAUUUCCGGCCUGAUCUCAUUGACUUUGACAAUUUAGACAAGAAUGACGUGUAUGGGAACAAUGAAUUGGCUUUUAGAGUCGCGGAACAACAUCUUGGAAUCCCAGCACUUUUAGACGCAGAAGACAUGGCUUCCUGUGCUGUACCUGACCGAUUAUCAAUUCUUACUUAUCUUUCGCAAUUUUAUCAGACUUUUAGCGGUUCAUCACCAACACGACAUCCAGUGAGUAGAACGACUGAAACCACAGAGGAAAGAAUCACGCAAGUGCCUGAAUCUCCAAAAGAAAAGGAGGCGUCGUAUCUGGGUAUGCGGAAAGAUCGCUGCGUUGUAUGCGGACUCCCUAUUUUCUUAGCGGAAAAAUUGGUACUCGCUCGUGUCGCUUAUCACCGUACCUGCUUUCGUUGCGCUCGAUGUAACAAUCAAUUGACUAUUGGUAAUUAUUACGAAACCGAAGAAGGACAAUAUUGCUGCGAAACAUGUCCGGAUGAAGAAAUUCCGGUAUCCAUAACGCGAAAUUGCGAUGAAUCUUCGCAAUUUAGUAGAGUUGAAAAAAACAAGAUUGAUUCGAAUUAUCAACAAUUUCUUAGCGAUGAAAAACAUAUAGAUAAAAGAAUAUUUAGUCUCGAUCCCGUUAACAAAUUGAAUCAUCAAGAUCGUAUCGUCCCUGAUUUACUGGCACAAACUUCUCGAUUACGUUUUAAUUUCAUAUCGAAUCAAUUGUUGUUCGAAGAGGAUGAACAAAAAUUUCUCGUCAAUAAUACGAAUACAACGAAUGAUAAUCAAAGCAAUUUCGAUCGUAGCACAAAUUUCACAUCUUCGACUAACCAUAAAUCCGAAAGCGAAAAUGAUGAAAAUAACGAACUCGAUUCUUCGAAACUAGAAUCGAGUUUGAUUUCUUUGAAAUUAGAAUCCGUUGACAAGGAAAAUAUAACAAAGACGAACGACUACGACGAUUACUACGUCGAAUCAAGUACCAACGAACAAGAUGAAAAAAAAUCUGUCAAUUCGUUUCAAUUCGAUUCAGUUACGGAUAAAUCAUCUUGUGAAUCUAAGGAUAAAAAAUUAAUAGAUCAAUCCGUUGAACGUAUUCAACGUGAUAAGAAUACCUCUUCUAUAAUCGAAAAAACAAUCAGGAUUUUUGACAAGACGAGGCAAGAUGAAAUUAAAAUGUACAAUAACGAAGAUCGAGAUAUCGAAACGCUAAAUAGGAAGAUACAAAUGGAGGAAUACGACGUAAUAGGGAAAAGUGAAAAAAAUUCGAAGAUAAAUCCAGAUGCAACCAAGACCAUCAUCGGUCAAAAUACUGCUUUAAAAGAUAACAUCAUAAACGUUGAAACAAACGGUUCCACGCAAAUGGAUACUUUCGAACAAUCGUUACCACAUGCGACCGAAAUUAAUGAAAAUUUAUCAAUUCUUUCGGAUUCAUGCAGGGAAUUUGAAACAUGUACAACGAUUGCUACAAACAUAAAUUCUAAUCUAAACGAAGAUUAUCCUGAAGAUUUGAAUCCCUUUAAGAGCGACGAAGAAGAAGAAGAACAAGAAGAAGAAGAAGAAAAAGAAGAAGAAGAAAUAGAAGAAGAAGAAGAAGAAGAAGAAGAAGAAGAAAAUUCUGACAAAUAUAUGACAAUUAUGAAUACUAUAGAAAAUAGUAAAAUUUUGACAAAUCCAUUCGAAAAUGAAGAAGAAAUAAAAAGAAAAGAAAUUAUUCCGCCGAGACCAGCGAUCAGAUCUAAUUUUAACGGUAAUACAGUUAACCGACAAUUUUCCAAAGAAAGGCCAACAAAAAGACGUUUAGCCGCACCACAAAUUAAUUUAAAUCCAUUUUGGAGCGACGAAGAUGAUCAUAAUAGCGAUUUGGAAUCUAAAGAAAAAACAUGUGAAACGAUGCCUACACCUAAACCACGCACAAUUAAACACGAUGAGGGGAUAAAUGUAACCGAACAACAAGAAUCAAGCCAAAAUCAUCAUCAUUCGCGCAUAUCGAGUAAUCUAAGAAGUCCAGAAUCAAAUAUACGCAUUGGAGGAACUUAUAGAAAAAAGAAACCGGCUCCAUUACCACCUACGAAAAAGGAAUCGUGUCUUUCCGAUCAACCUUCCAUGUCCAAAGAAUCAUGCGUACACGUAACACCUAAGAUGCGUAAAACGAAGCCAGCUCCACCACCACCACCACCACCACUACCAUCAGCAGCAUCAUCAUCAUCAUCACCAACAGUUCUAGCAACAUCUAAUUACGAAGGAUCUUCUAUAAAUCGAUGUAACGCGUGGGAAGAUCAAAAGACUAAUAAAGAUGAGACAAAUAGAAAUAGACAGAGUUUCACGCACAUGUCAUGCGAAGAAAAUUUCCAUUAUAUGUCAUAUUUAGAUAAAAGUAUGGAAGGAAAAUGGAAAAGAAAGAAAGGACCUGCUCCACCAUGUCCAAUACCACAUAAAAGAAAGAUAAAGGUAAUGUCCCUUAAGGAUGUUAAAUUGGAGUUGGAUGAAAUAGAAGUGCAACAGCAAGGAUUGGAAAAGCAAGGUGUACGAUUGGAACAAUUGAUAAGAAGUAAAUGCGAAUCCGGAUCCAGAACCGAUAAUAUUUCUCUUGGAACCGACGUAGAAGAAUUGGUUUUAGAGUUAUUUACUUUGGUAAACGAGAAAAACGAGUUAUUCAGGCGACAAGCUGAAUUAAUGUUGUUGCGAAGACAACAAAGAUUAGAAGAAGAACAUGCAGAGGUUGAAUAUCAAAUUCGAUGUUUAAUGAUGCAACACGAUUCGACCAAAACGGAUUUUGACAAACAAAGAGAAGAAGCAUUGAUACAAAGGUUGGUAGAAAUUGUAGAAAGACGCAACGAAAUCGUCGAUUGUUUAGAAAUGGAUCGUCGUAGAGAAAUGGAAGAAGACUGGAGCAUCCAUCAUCAUAUGGAUUUGUUCGUUGCCAAAAACAAGAACGAAUCAUCGUUGUGUAACGACACGGAUACGAUAACCGAGAAGAAGAAACGAAAACAAAAUAAACAAAAGGAGAAGAUAAAAGAGAAAAAGCUGAAAAAAAUAUCGAAGAAAGAUAUCGAUAAGGACGUGGAUGAGAUCGAAUUAACGCUUAAACGACACACAAAGCGAAAAUGGUUUUAACUUGUAUCGAUGCGCGUAAUCGAUAUAUUUAUAAAUCGUAUCGUAUAAAUUUAUAGAAAAUCGUUAACAUAAAUUAAGUUAUUCGUAACAUAAGUUAUCUUUGAAGAGACGCGCCCGGAACUUUUCACAGUCGAAAUCGGUCCGUCAAGCAUGUCACGACGGAGAGACUCCGAAACUAUCCGUGUUAAUCUCGAAAGAUCGACGAUCGAUCGUGAAAUAUGCCGUACACGGUGAGAUUUGGAAUCGCUUCGCGAUUAUUAAUCUCGAUAUUAUUGUUACUUCGUUAUCGAAUCUCCGCUCUGUACAAAGUAUACUCACAUAACAAGAUUCGUCACUCGAUCUCGAGACGAAUCUCAUCUCGUUUAAGUUUAUUUACUUAUCACGCUACUGAUUUAGAAAGUGAAAGGAUAACACGAAAAUCGAGACGAUCACCCCGAGGACUUAUCGUAUAAAUUACCGAUAAAAAAAUAUCACCUCGAGGAUCAUAGAGAAGAAGAGUUUACGUCAUAAAACAAAUACAUGUCGUUCAUUUACCGCAACAAUGAUAUAAGAUGAAAAUUAUUAGAAACGAGAUGAGAAAAUGAGUAAAAAUGAGUUUCAAUUCUUGUAAAAAAUUCCGUUAGAACUCGAACUUGAAAAUUAUGAAAAUCUUACCGAUGAAAUUCUACUACUAGUAAUAAAAAGUACGGACAAAAAAGAAUAGUACAUUUUAUAUCGAAAAUAACUAAAAAUUGGCAAACGUUUUCAAUUAUGUUAUCGUUGCAGCUAUAUAAUAAGCGACAUGAUUUUUUUUUUACAAAGUUUAUAACAAUACACUUAAACGCUUCGUGUAAUAUUUCAGAUGUACAAUUUUAAUUAAAUGUAAUUACAUAUUCUUUAUGUAUACCAUUAUAUAUAACGUUUGUGUCAAAUUAUUAAUAAUACGGUUACAUAUACGUAUUAAAAAAUAAAUUUCUACUAAAAAUUAUAUUUCGAGAGCAAAGAUCACAUCGAAGAAUUAGAAAAACCGAAUGAAAUUUACAUUCAAAUUUAUAUCGUAAUUAUUUAAAAAUUAAUUCAAUUAUAAUCGAAAAAAUUUUGAAGACUUUAAUACGAUAUACACGUAAUAAAUCCCGUCCAUAAGUGGCCGGACACUUAAGAUAGCGAUUUUAUACCAUGAAACGAUUCGUAUCACGAAAUAAAAUUAAUAUUUAUUACGCACAUAUAUCAUGCGGAGCUCAAGAGUUUAUCGCCUAGAAGGAAUGCGGAUCUAAUCGGUCGAAACCAUUCUUUUAUUUUAGCUUCGAAGGAUAUAUCGCAUAAUUAAGUAAGUUAUUUUUUUUUGGCAAUAAAGAUGAAGAAGAAUCAUAUCCAUUAAUUCGAUGCGUAAAGGAAAAAGAAGUAAAAGGAGUAAGAGCAAGUAAGAUAGAGAAACAUAUUCGCCGAUAUUUCAAAUAUCGGCGAAAAUAUCAAAAGCAAGGAUAAGCGAACCUCUUUUGUCCUUAUGCCGUCCCAACGUCAAAUUCCUGAGUUCCGCACAGUAUUAUAACGUUAAAAAUAUGUCAAAUAUGUCAAAUUAUACGUCAAAAAUCUUAAUAAAAAUAAAUAUAUAUAAUUAA